CACACACAUACCCACCCAGCAUACAUAUUACAGUGUCCUGCAUUAAUUGACACUCGUUCAUAUUCUUUUGUUCUCACACAUAUAUGGAACCGGAGCAUUAUUUUCCUUGUCCUUCAUCAUGCUUAACCAGGUGGUGGUCGAGGGAGACGGUGGCGGUGGUGACCGGAGGGAACAAGGGCAUAGGGUUUGCAUUGGUGAACCGUCUUGCGGAAUUAGGAGUGAGUGUGGUGCUAACUGCUAGAGAUAGACAAAGAGGGGAAGCUGCAGUGGAGAAUCUCCGAAAGCAAGGCCUUGGUGAUUUUGUUCACUUUCUACUUCUUGAUGUCUCUGAUCCCCUUUCUGUGUUAACCUUCGCAUCCUCCUUCCAAGCCAAAUUCGGAGCCACCUUGGAUAUUCUUGUGAACAAUGCGGGAGUGUCCUACAAUGAACUAGACGAAAACUCAGUGGAGCACGCAGAAAGCGUCAUAAAGACCAACUUCUACGGUCCCAAGUUGCUGAUUGAAGCUCUUCUCCCUCUCUUUCGUUGCUCUUCUUCUUCCAUCACUCGUGUUCUCAACGUUAGCUCAAGGCUUGGCUCCCUCGAUAAGGUGAGAAAUGGUGAGAUAAGAGCAGUGUUAGAACGCGAGGACUUGAUGGAAGAACACAUCGAUGGAGUGGUGGGAACGUUCCUCAGAGACGUGAGAAACGGAACGUGGAAGAGCCAAGGGUGGCCGUCGUACUGGACGGAAUACGCGGUGUCGAAGCUGGCUCUGAAUGCAUACUCAAGAAUGUUGGCAAAGAGAUACUCGUACGAAGGAAGUGGGUUGAGUGUGAACUGCUUUUGCCCUGGUUUCACUCAAACCGCAAUGACCAAGGGCAAGGGUACUCACACCGCGGAUGACGCCGCCGCGCUGGCCGCCACCCUCGCCUUGCUUCCGCCGCACCUCUUGCCCACCGGAAAGUUCUUCUCGCUUGGAAAGAAGGCUACCUUCCUCAACCCUACUUCUAAAUUAUGAUCCCACUAAUUAAUUAAUUAAUCAAGAUAAAUGUUUACAUUGUAACACUCUUUUUGUUUCCUUGAUCAACUGGCUCGAGUUAUCUUAACUUUAACUAAUGGUAUUAAUUUUAAGUCUUGAGCUGCGUUUUAACACUAUAGUAUGAUAGGUACAAAGUGUAACAUGAACAUUUAAAAUGUAUAUUAAAAGUUAUGAGCAGAGCUCAAUGCAGCA